GAUUAAAACUCAUUUGAUGGAUAUCGUAACUUAAUUGGACUUGUACCCAAUAAAGCGGGAAACUUCCGAAUGGUCAUGGACGAAGCGAAAACUGAGUGCAGAAAGCAGAAUCAUCAACCAUUUAUUUUUAUGAUGAAUUAACUACUACCACAAGGAUUUGUAAAUAUGGAUAAUUUGAUAGACAUAAAUAUUAUAGAGGUCAAUGACCCCGGAGAUUUCUUAGGUAUAGAAAUUCCUUCAGUGAAUAAAACCUCUGCUUUUGGUAUAUUUCAUCAAAUGGUUCAGGAAAUGAAUGAAUACUGUAAUAAUGAUCAACUGUUUUUUAAUGAUAAAUUUCAACCUCAACUUGGAAAAGAGGUGUAUGCAGGAUUUCGAAUAAAAGAUAAAACAUGGCAUCGUGUUAAAGUAGAGAAUAUACUUCAAACAAGUAGAGGAAGACAGUGCAUAUGCUAUUUAGUGGAUUAUGGACAAAUGGAAAAUAUACCAGUUAACGAAAUUCGUAAAAUACCUGAAGAAUUUCGACACGUGCCACAUCAAGUCAGAAGAUAUGCUUUGUAUGGAAUACAGGCUUUGACACUUGCUUUAGAUGCUGAAUUAAUGGCCAAAGAUACCCCUUGUGUAGUGUGGGAUCUUUCUGCUAAAGAAUAUUUAAAGGAUUUGAAUAAAGAAUCAACUAAAUCUCAGGUAGAGAUAAAGUAUGUAAAUACAGCAGGUGUAAAAUAUGUUCGAUUGUAUCUCAACACACCUUCAGGUAGAAUUUGUGUUAAUGAUGAUCUUGUGAAGAAAAAGUAUGCUACUGUUUCACCUGUUUAUCAACUAGAUAAUAAAAAUGUAAAUAAUGCAGACUCUACUCAGAUUGUACCAUGUCGAAACCUGUCUGAAACUAAAGCCGAUAUUAAUAACUUCAUUAAAUUGAUCAGUAACACUUCGAAGCCCCAAAAUAAUGCCAAGGCUCAAAAAUACUUAACAGAAGUUAGUUCAUCGGAUGAAGUGAAUACAGUAUCAAAUGAUAUGAGAAGAAAUGCUGUAUCAGACAGCGAAACUGUUACUCAAAAAUUGAAAAUAGAAAAACCCAAAGUAGUUGUUCAACAGAGUAUGAAUAAACUUGAAGAACUGUUAAAAUGUUUGCCUUCUGCUAAUUAUAAAAGUGAUCAUACCCCUGAUCCAGAUAUGCCUAUUCCCUUUCAAAGAGCACGCUUGCCAAAGAUUGCCUUACAAAAAGCGAAGCCUACCAGUGAGGCUGAACAUACCAGUUUGCCGCAGCCAUCCAUUCCAAAGUCUCCUGUGAAAACAGUCAUAUCACCCGUUAAGACGACACCUUUGGAAAUUCCUAGUCCGUCCAUUAUAAAAAAGUCUCUAGUGCGACGUUUAUCGGAUACUUCUGUCGUAAAUAAGACUAAUAAUGGGUACCGUUAGCUUUACUAUUUAGUUAAUACUGGUGAUUCCAAGAAUUCUUAAACUUAAUUAUAUAUUUUUUAUACGCCCACAUUUUCAUGUGGACGUAUAUAUUGCCAUCGCCCCUGUCCGUCUGUCCACAAUUGUUUGUGGACACUCUACAGGUCACAAUUUUUAUCCAAUUGCAACGAAACUUGAAAAAUAGGUUUAUCUCCGUAAGAUCUUGGUUCCUUUCGAUAUUGGCAUGUAUCAGACCGUAAGUUCAUGGCCCCCUGAUUGUAUGAAAAAUCACGUUUUUAGCUUGUGGACCCAAUAGAGGUCAAAUGUUUUAUCUGAUUUCGUUGAAAUUUGAAAUGUAAAUUUAUAACAUGAAAGAUCUUGGUUCAUUUCGAUAUUCGUGCAUAUUGGACCGUAACUUCCUGAAUUAUGGUCCCUGAUUGUACGAAAAAUCAUGUUUUUUAGCUUGUGGACCCUGUGGAGCUCACAAUUUUAUUCCGAUUUAAAAAAAACUUUUAAAUAUAUCACCGUUGCACCUUAAUGAUGGUUGAGUUUGAAUUUCAUGAAAAUCGCACCAAAACUGCUGGACGAAAUGGCCACCCUUCGUUUGCAAACAGUGUAAAAAUAUGGUAUAUCGAUUGAUCCGAUUUUGAUGAAACGUGAAAUACAUGAUUAUAACCCAAAGAUCUUGGGUCCCUUUGAUAUUUGCGCAUAUUUGAUCGUAACUUCCUGAAUUAUGGCCUUUGACUGUACGAAAAAUCACGUUUUUAGCAUGUGGUCCCUCUAGAGGUCACAAUAUUAUCAUCUGAUUGAAAAAAAAAAACAUGUGAAUAUAUCACCUUUGCACCGUAAGGAUGGUUGGGUCCAAAUUUCGUGAAAAUCGGACCAAAACUGCCAGACAAAAUGGCUGCCCCGCCCGUUCUCAAAUAAUGUAAACAUCUGGUAUAUCAAGGUUGUGGACCCUCUAUAGGUCACAAUUUUGAUCUGAUUUUGAUGAAACUUGAAAUAUAUGUUUAUAACCCACAGAUCUUGGUUCCUUUUGAUAUUUGCGGAUAUCGAACUGUAACUUCCGGAAUUAUGUCCCCUGAUUGUACGAAAAAUCGUGAUUUUAGCUUGUGGUCCCUCUAGAGGUCACAAUUAUUAUUUGAUUUACAAAAACGUUGGAAUAUAUCACUGUUACACCAUAAUGUUGGAUGAGUUCGAAUUUCGUGAAAAUCAGACCAAAACUGUCAGACAAAAUGGCCACCCCUCAUACGCAAAUAGUGUAAACAUCUGGUAUAUCAAGGUUGUAGGCCCUCUAGAGGUCACACUUUGUACGGAAAUUGUGUAAAAGUAUGUAAUACGAAGGUUGUGGACCCUCUAGAGGUCACAAUUUUUAUCUGAUUUUGAUUAAACUUGAAAUAUAUGUUCAUAACCCAAAGAUCUCGGUUCCUUUCGAUAUUCGUGCAUAUCGGAGCAUAUCUUCCUGGAUUAUGGACCCUGAUUGUACAAAAAAUCACAUUAUUUUUUUUAGCUCGUUCUCUGUCCAUCUCUUUCAAAAUGUGGGUGUAACUUGCAUAGCAACCGCUUGUUAGCAAAUACUUAUGUUUAUCACAGUUACUGUUAUAUAUUUUUCAUGUUUUGUUACUGUUUUCUUUAUUAGAUAUUUGAUCUUAAAUUGAAUGUCAAAGAUUAAGAUUUCAAUGAGCAAUAUCAGUAUUAUACAUGUAUGUAUGGGUUGGUUCUCAGGUACUGUGACACAUACAAGUGGCUUCAAGGCCAUCUUUCGUUCAAAGUAACAAAAAUGUAUAUUAGAUUACCAAAUUACGACCAUUAUGUUUUUAAAUAAUAUGUAGUAAAGAUUGUAUCAUGGGUCAUGCUCACCUUUCUAUUGAGAUGUUAAUAUUUAGUGAGGAGUCUAUAGCUAGUCAUUAUAUUUGAAAACCCCUUGCUAUGUAGUUCAUAAGAAUUAGUGACAUAGACUCUCUCAAACAGAAUGUUUAUUUUUUCAAGGCUGUGGUUUGUAAAUAUAAACAUUUCAUAAUACAUUUUUGUCUCCAUUUACUUUUAGAUACAAAGUGUAAUCCAAUUCUCAACUGGAAUAUAAAUGACCUGAGAACCAUCCUUUUAUAUGUUUAUGUAAU